AUGGUGGCCGUUUUUAUCGUCAUUCCUUUAGUUACGCGCCAAAACGCACCCGACACGGCAACAACAGCGAACGCAAUGAAAAUCGUGAAUCACGACUGAGAUGUCAUGGCGAAGACGAAGCAACACUGCGCCAACUGCUGCUCGAGGUCUUACCUUCUUCCUAACGUACUCGAUAUUCUCGGCGGUGCUGGGCAUGCUGCAGUUCGGCUACAAUACCGGUGUGAUAAAUGCGCCCGAGCGGAAUAUCGAGAACUUCAUGAAGGAUGUGUACAAGGAUCGCUAUGGCGAGGACAUUAGUGAGGAGUUCAUACAGCAGCUGUACUCGGUGGCGGUGUCGAUAUUCGCCAUUGGCGGCAUGUUGGGCGGUUUCAGCGGCGGUUGGAUGGCCAAUCGCUUUGGCAGAAAAGGCGGGUUAUUAUUAAAUAAUGUGCUUGGCAUAUCGGGUGCUUGUCUAAUGGGUUUUACCAAAGUUAGUCAUUCCUAUGAAAUGUUAUUCCUCGGCCGAUUUAUUAUUGGUGUUAAUUGCGGUCUUAAUACAUCGUUGGUGCCAAUGUAUAUCUCCGAAAUAGCGCCACUGAACUUACGCGGUGGAUUAGGUACCGUAAAUCAAUUGGCUGUGACAAUAGGUUUACUACUAUCCCAAGUGCUGGGAAUCGAACAAAUUUUAGGAACUAAUGAAGGCUGGCCAGUUUUACUUGGCCUAGCCAUAUGUCCAGCAAUAUUGCAAUUAAUAUUACUGCCGGUGUGCCCGGAAUCGCCCAGAUAUCUGCUCAUCACGAAACAAUGGGAAGAGGAAGCCAGAAGAGCGCUGCGACGACUACGCGCCUCGAGUUCGGUGGAGGAAGACAUCGAGGAGAUGCGCGCUGAAGAGCGCGCUCAACAGUCCGAAAGCCACAUGUCCACCAUGGAACUAAUCUGCUCGCCCACACUGCGGCCGCCAUUGAUAAUCGGCAUUGUGAUGCAGCUGAGUCAACAGUUUAGCGGUAUCAAUGCGGUGCUUUACUACUCAACGUCGUUGUUCAUGAGCUCCGGCCUAACGGAUGAGAGUGCCAAAUUCUCAACGAUAGGCAUUGGCGCAAUAAUGGUGUUGAUGACGCUCAUCGCAAUACCGCUGAUGGAUCGCACUGGUCGUCGAACACUCCAACUAUACGGUUUAGGUGGCAUGUUCAUAUUCUCGAUAUUCAUAACGAUUUCAUUUUUAAUUAAGGAAAUGAUCGAUUGGAUGUCGUAUCUGUCUGUGGUGUCCACGCUUGGAUUUGUCGUAUUCUUCGCGGUUGGGCCCGGCUCCAUACCAUGGAUGAUCACCGCGGAAUUGUUCUCGCAGGGACCACGACCCAGCGCGAUGGCAAUCGCUGUGCUAGUCAAUUGGAUGGCGAACUUUGUUGUCGGCAUUGGUUUCCAAAGUAUGAGGACUGAAUUGGAGAAUUAUACGUUUUUGCCAUUUAGCGUUUUCUUAGCUAUAUUUUGGAUAUUCACCUAUAAGAAGGUUCCUGAGACUAAGAAUAAGACGUUCGAGGAGAUUUGCGCGCUGUUCCGACACGGAAAUGGAAGCGACCACGAUUCCUCAUACAGACAAAGCGAUUCCACAGCCGACAUUGAAAUACAGCAUCGCAAUUCGGGAGACGAGCGCUCGAAAGAGAAAUGGAGUAUGCUAAACUGCACAAAUAGCUUGGAGCCACAAAGUAUGAAUUCUGGCAUCGAACAUGCCGCAUUGAUGGUAUCUGAGGAAAAGACCCAACAUGACUCACGUAUGGGUCCAUAUCCGCUAAGUGAUAGCACAAAUCUCCUGGGUCCGACGACGAGUCUGGCUGGCAGUUCGACGUGUUACACCAACUACGGCACGAACAUUCACACGCCAAUGCCGGUGCGUAAGUGUCACUACGAGUACGCGUACGAUCGCGAUAGUUUUCGGCGGCAUUCGGCGCAUGGCAGGAUGAACGCCUCACCUCCUGAAACUGCCAGUGUACAUUCAACGAAUGCUGAACAACACCAAUACCAACACUUACAACACCAUCAGCAUCAGCAACAGCAACAACAGCCACAACAACAGUCGAAACAUUCACGCCAACAGCAGCAACAGCAACAGACACAGCAGCAUCAUCACGUACAUUGUAGCUAUGAUAAGGAUAUUGUAUGUGACGACACGCAAGCGCACCUGCAGCAAUUGCAACAGCAACAACAACAGCAUGGCGAUCAAUCACAUAUGCACCAGCCGACUCACUGUCACAGCCACAUUGCUUACGCGGAACCGCUUCAACAGUCCUCCUCUACACCGACGCCACAUCGCCACCAGCAGCAACGCAAGCACAGCCACAGUCAUAGUCCACACCAUAGCCGCCAUACGUCGCCGCACAGCCAUCACUCGCAUAGCCAGCACUCGUCACCGCAUCAAUCGCAUCAUCAUAUGCAUGAAUCCGAUUCACUUACGCGCUCCUCACUCACGCAUCCACCACGUCCCUCGGCCAACACACAAUCCUCAUCCUCACAUCAACAUCAUCAUCACAAUCAUCGGCGUCGACGAUCACGCCACAGUUAUCAGCAAUACAACGCGGGUGAAAAUAGGAACGCAGUAGAUGCAGGCGGUAGCGCAAACUCAAGCUUACACGGCGCACACGGUCACAGCCAACAGGGAGAGCAACGCUCCUCUUCGCGACAUCACGGCCACACUCAUAGCAGUAGCUGCACAAAGCGGCAUCGGUCGGCUACCGAUAUUUCGAGCACGUCCCUCAAUACCUGCCAUGAUCCAGCCUGCGUGGAUCGGGAAGUGCAGGAUAUUCUGGUGCGCAAGACUUGUUGCAACUCAUCUCGUACCGAAUUGGCACAAUAUUUCGCGGAGGAUCUUUAUGGCUCAACACGCCGUCCAUCGUCGUGUUGCACUUCUUCGGAUUAUUGCUAUCAAACAGACUCAACUAGUUUGUAUGGUUCACGUUCAUCGCUUAGUCGUAACAAUUCCAUUAAGUCAGCAUCGGUAGCGUUGCGUAAGCGCCGAUUACACCAGCGACAGCCUAGCUAUACCUCAAUAUCAUUGCGCGGCUUAAGUACUGGUCGUAUCAGCAGCCACCCCGGCUCGCUCACUUCUGUUUUUGAUCGUGCCAAGCAAAUGGGUAUCGAUGCCGCUGAUUUGGAAAAACGUGGCAGUGGUGGAAAAAUGGUGGUUUCGCCCUCGAAAGUGACCAUUGAAAGGCAGACUUCAAAGGACGCAUUGAGUAACGAUCUGCCGGGAUAUGCGUGUUCUCCUUCACCGAUUCGCUGGAGCUUCUUAGCAGAUGGUAAAUCGCCCACUGAGCUCGAUCGAUCUGGCGAAGGGGAUAGCAAAGAUCCAUGGGCUUCCGCUGAUGAGCAAACGCGUGAGCCAAAACAACCCAAAUGCGAACAUCGUAGCGAUCAUCGUUCUUACACUAUGCAACACACUAGUCGAAAGUACUCACAUGACGAUCGCCCAAGCACGUCAGCAGCAGCGGCACGAAAAUGUCGCGAGAGCCCUUUUAACUGUGAUUUUGAGGAGUCUUCAACGACGGUGCUUUUCCAUCAGGAGGCUGACUCCUUUAACAAUUGUUGCAACAACUACAUCCAAUGUAAUACCUACCUCGAUCAGGAUCUGCAAAUCACCAGUGAGGACAUACACCAAUACCUCUCCAAAGGCAACCAGCAAUCCAGUGACGUGCUAAACAACUCGAAAAAUUAUCCAUUCCAGCCGAGCAAUGCCUUGGAGUUUCAAUAUAAAAACAACUUCGCCAAUAACAAUACCGGUGCCGCCUCAUCAGAAGGUGGUGACAGUGUUCGCGGGUUCGAAGUGUGUUUCCGACGUAAUUCCAGCAAGGAGACAAACCUAAAUCAGAACUCCGCUGCUGGUGGCGCCAGUGUUGCGAGUCAAGAUGCAGAACGGCCCGAAUGUGCAGCCUCCUCAUACAGCAGCACACCGCUUUCGCCCACCAACAUCAACCUCUCGUCCAGCACCAACAACAUUAAUAUCGUUUUCGGAAACUACACUGAACGCAACGCCAAUGAAGUAAAAUUUAUCAAUACGACACGUGGCGGUGAUGGAGUCGCGGUCUCAACUGAAGCUCAUCAUAGCGGCUACUUACCAUACACCUACCCAAGCUACGACUACACAAACAUGUCAGCGAACUCACUUUUCGACAAGCCAUUGGGCAUUGGCGAACUACCCAAAGACUUCACACGCACUGCUGGCAGUGCUGCAGAAGUGGAGGACGGAGCAGUCGGAGGUUGCAUUGGCACUUCAUGCGGCUCGCCAACUGUCACUGCCACAAGCGAAGAGCAGCACUCCUCUUUACUACAAUCACCCGUGCUCACAGGUGUCUCAUUCGAGUCGUUUGAUGCUGCAUCCGAUCAUAACUUGAUCUCCUGCCGUGGAAGCUGUCAAUUUUCGCCCACACCACUUUCACCAUUAUCGCCUGCUUCGCCAGCGUCCUCAGUAUGUCUGUCGGCCUCCAUAAAUCCUGCAGCGGCGUCAUAUGUAAACACACACCACCCACACUUCCACUAUCAGCCGCAUGAAGACGAUCGACAGCACUCACCCAACCGUGCACGCCGCCAUUAUCACCAUCACGCUCAAUAUCAUCACCAUCAUUUCACCGAAAGCUUUAAAAUCAGUAAUGCACUAAAAAAGGUGCGCAAGCGUGCACGCAAAUACACCGAUUUCCUACGCAAAAAGUGAACAAGUGAUCGAACGAUUCGGCCAUCGGUGUCACCGAAGUGAUGAUAAUCACGAACGAACGGGCAUCGAUCGGAUCGUUUGAUAGAAGUGAACAGCAAACGCAAUUUUUUAUGUGUAUACGUCUCUUUUGUGUAGAUUCUCCAUACUUCGGCAGAAGAUACGUGGUGGUGGCACUCAACCGACGCGCCUUUAGUUUGGACGAAGCUGGCAAUUGAAGCAGCGAAAAACAGCGCAAGAAUGACGAAGCUUUUCACAGUGUUUGGCAUUGGAUGGUGUACUUGUGUGUGUAUAUAGGAUAUUUAGUGAAAAGUGCGAGAGAGUAGACAACGACUACAAGCGCGUCCAGCGGCCAAAUCCUAAACACAACUACAACAGAAGAAAUACAUAUGCACGAGUGUAUUAGUAAGAGACAAGCUAUUCAUUCAUCCAUCGCAUGUAUUCACAUAAUUACGUAUA